AUGAAUGAUCGCAGGAGAUUAGGGACUGUAAUAUCCUCCUGCUUACAGUUCUUCAGAUUGCACAGUGAGUGUUCAAUACCGCAGCUGAAAUAUGUUUUCGCAACUACGCUUGCUGGCUGUUACGACGAUUUGGGAGACAUCCACCAUGCACUGCACUGGAGAGUCAAGGCGAAGGAGAUUGCACAAGAAACUGAUGACCGGAGUAUACAAGAGGAAGCUGAAUAUCAAAUACAAAUGACAUUGGCUAGUACCUCAGUUAAAGCGGCUGAUGACCCACACGGCGUUAAGCAGCGAGAGUGGGAGCUCGCACAAAGGGCAGAUUUGGAAGUUAAAUACCAAGAGUCAAAGGAAGGAGGAAGUCACGAGGAUCAAUACGCGUAUGCCUUUGAUCUACUUCAGAAAGAGCUUGAUGAUGAAAUUAAACGCAACGAAAGUCCGUGUGGACGAAUCUGGCUUAGCAAAGUUAAUGAGGCCCUUGAACUCAUACCUGACAGGAAGACUACUGAGAGACCACGGAUUACCUUCACAAUUGCUCACUCGAAAUUUGAUUUCGGAGAGUUUGACAGUGCUUUGGAGACCCUCGUAGAAGCUUAUGAGGAGGCAAGCGCGGCUGGCAAUGAUGAAAUCGCUCGGAGAGCGCUAUUUACCAAGACGCGCGUAUAUCUGCACCAAUAU